UGCUCUCCUCAGCCUGUACUGAAAACACAGGGGCAGGAACUUUGACCGGUGCUCCAGCGCUAGUUAGCAGCCAGCUAGCUGCUCUCUCUAUUAUUUUCAUAUUUUUGCUUGUUGUUUUACAUGCAGAGAGAUGUGGUUUAUUUAUUUACUCAGCUGGCUGUCGUUAGUCAUCCAGAUAUCCUUCGUCACUCUAGCAAUAGCUGCUGGCCUGUACUACCUUGCUGAACUAAUAGAAGAAUACACAGUAGCCACCAGUCGAAUAAUAAAAUACAUGAUUAUGUUCUCGACAGGUGUGCUGGCAGGUCUCUAUCUUUUUGAAGGCUUUCCAAUGUUGAUGGUGGGAGUCGGCCUGUUCACCAACCUGGUGUACUUCGGCCUCCUGCAGACGUUCCCCUACAUACUGCUGAGCUCCCCAAACUUCAUCCUCUCCUGUGUGUUGGUAGUGGUGAACCAUUAUAUGGCCUUCCAGUACUUUGCACAAGAGUAUUAUCCAUUCUCAGAGGUGCUGGCGUACUUCACCAUCUGCCUGUGGGUGAUCCCCUUUGCCUUCUUUGUGUCACUGUCAGCGGGGGAAAAUGUGCUUCCGUCCACCAUGCAACAAGGAGAUGAUGUGGUGUCUAAUUACUUCACCAAGGGCAAGAGGGGGAAGAGGUCUGGGAUCCUCCUCGUGUUCUCCUUCCUCAAAGAGGCAGUGCUGCCCAGCCGACAGAAAAUGUACUGAGGAGCUCGGACUCGUGGUGCAGCCUCGGGGGUCAGGGUGUGUGUGAGUAAGUGUAUGUGUCGCAGAUUAAGGGGAAGCAGGAAGGACUUUGGAAAUUUGUUUCUGGAUGGGACUAAAACGAAACAGUGGCCAAAGUGGAAGAAGAGCACACGAAGAGGACGGACCAAUAAACAGAGCUUCCUGCUGGACGAGCCCACGAGUUUACACAGGCCAUGUUUGUCUCUCUUUGUUUUUCUGUCUGUCUGUACUGACUGCCAACAACAUCUACUAGAGACCUCUUAGUGGGGAUCUUGUCCGUAGUGCAACGCUUUCUUAAUGUCAUGUCAGACUCCUCCAUUUUUUACGCUUUGAUAUGUGUGUGAAGGGUCUGGAAUUAACAACCACCAAAAUACCUGUACGUUUUGACUUUGGCAGAUAAAUCAGUAUCACUUUUCUUCUUGAGAUGA